AUGGAUGCCAUUUAUUGUUAAGAUUAAGACCAUUCUGGAAAUCCAUUAAAUUUAUUUUGUUUAGACAAAGAAUGCUAAAAUAAAGGUUUAAUAUGUUCAUUUUGUAUGUUAAAGUAUCAUUAAUAACAUGUAAAAAACGUAUUUCCUUUAAAAACUAUUGUAUCAAAUCUUAAUUAAGCAAAUAAUCCGAAAAAUCAAUAAGAAUUACAUAAUAAAGGAAACUAAAUAUUUGAAUAACAUCAUAAGAUUAAACAAACCUUUAGAUAAAAUCUAAUUGAAAUCAAAGAGAUGCUUAAUAAAUUAGAAAAAGAAAUUGAAAAAUAAAUUAAAGUACUUGAUCUGGAGGCUGAUUUAUUUGUUGGAGAUGCUUUUGAAAAAUCAAUUACUUUAUUAAAUAUGUAAAAAUUAAAUAAAGAAUAAAUUGAAUAAGCCAUCGAAAAGAUUGAACCUCUUUUAAAGAUAUGUGAUGGAUAGAUAUGGAUCUUAAGAGAUACAGAAAUAAAUAAGUCAGCUUAAAAGCUUAUUAAAACAGCUGAAGUUAUAGAAAGAGAAAGUAAGUAUUGGCUUGAAAAAGUAUGUUAUGUAUAAUAAAUUUUAGUGUCUUGUAGAUCUUAAUAAGCUAUAUGAAACUUGUUAAAAUCCUAUUAAGAAAUAAGUAAAAAUACUUACAAGUCAAAAUAGAUAUUAGUUGACAUAUGAAUAAUGGAAUUUAAAGGAAACGGAUGCUAUUUGUUUUAGAUCCAAAAAGAAAUAUGACAUAUGGCUAUCAGGAGUUGGCUUAUAUGAAAUUACAACUUGGCCUGAAUAACCUUUAUCAUUUACUGUCCAAAUAUUUGAAGGUGCAAAUGUGAAUAGGUUUAGUAUGGAUUAAUUAUAUUUUUAGCAAAAAUGUAAUUUAUAAAGAUAUAUUCACUAUACAACCUGAUAUGGAUUUUUGUAAUCAUCAAGGAAAGAUUUACUUUAAUAAGGCUAUUAAAAUUGAAUUUGAUAAACCUUACACUAUAGGUAUAAGUGAUUAUAUAUGAAGCACUUAAACCAAAUUAAAGUUGUUUAAGUUAUUAUGGUGCUAAUGGUAAAUUUGAAACUGAUGAAUUUGAAUUUUCAUAACCUUCAUUCACUCAAGAGUUUAGUGAUAAUUCAACUACUAUAAAUUAAGGGGUAAUACCAUUAUUCUAUUAUGAAGAAUGA